AUGCACCAGAACGUCAAAAUUGACGAUUUUUACGGUUUUAAAGGCCUUCGAGCUCGGAUACCCACGUUGCCCUACGAGAAACGCCUCUCAAAAGUAGACACGUUGCGUUUGGCCAUCGGCUACAUCAAAUUUUUGCAGGACCUUGUUACCAACGAGAACUACCAAGCAAAGUCGAGUGAGGGUAACUGCAGUGAGGGGGAGAAUAACAAGAUCGAUCAGCCGUGCGAAGCACAACAACAGACGCAAAGCUUCAUAGCGUCUGUGCAAAGAUUUGCCGUCAGCGCAGCAGCCAAUAGCGACGGAAGCGAACGUUUCAACUGUUCCCAUUCAGCACCAAACACCGCCUCUUCAAUCCAUCAGUCAGCACGGAAAGUCAUUCUCAACCUCUCCGUCCGCAUGGCUUGCAAAAUAACCGCAAUGAACACGCUCGACAGUGAGGCAACCACCGAUGACCUGAUCACACGACCCGGCCAGACUUGGCGCCGCGUGCACGACCACUACGUGACGAAGAGCAUUGUAGAUGACGCACCUGUCAGGGAGGCUGUCCUCAUCGGGCACAGUCUUAGCUGGCACCAACGCCCAAAUACCUUCGAAAUACCCCGAGUGUCCCCAAACAAUAAGAGAACACUAGUCACAAAACUUUGGACACCGCAACCAAACCCAAGUCGCUAA